UCCAAUAAAAAUUCCAUAUCCUUCAUUCAGAAGACAAUAUGAGAAUCACGUUGGGUAUAAACAUUGACAAUCUGAUAGAACUUCUCCGGAAAACCCUUCCUUUGUGAUUCCAGAUUAGCAUGUUUACAGCAGGCACCAAAGGGCUGCUGUAGCUCAUUUGCCACUGGCUACAGCCAUUAUUAUGCAAUAUCCAACCCUUUGAUGACCCUGUUGUCCAAAAAAUGCCAACAAUAAAAGAAAUAAUAAAAAAAAAUCUUUCCUAACCCAAAAAAAUUGGCUUUUCAGUUCACUGCAAACUGGCCCACUUUUUGUAAAUGUCACCACAGCCUGUAUUCUUAAGGGUCCCAUUUCCUGACUCUGCCAAGUAAAACCAUUAAUAAAAAAAAAAAUGCAGAGAAUGGGAUAAGGGUUGGAUAAAAAAAUGAAGUUGCAUCAAAUAUUAUAAUGAGAAAAAGUUGAAAAACCAAGCCCCUAAAUCCUAAUAGUAGACUUCUACCCUGCUUUGUUCUUUCUUUUUCCACACAUUUAUUUAUUUAUUUUGCUGUUUUUCUGAUAUAACUGUGUUUCCAGAAGAGCAAAAGAGCUGAACUCUAUUUUAUCUGUAGAUUCUCUUCUUCUGUGUAAUUCUGAGCUAGAAUUUAUAUCCCCUGUAGCUUUCUUGAGAAUCCCCAGCUCUUUCUUUUUUCUACCUUUUUGAUCUUAUUCUCUUCCCUUCAAAGUCCAAUCUUUUUCCCCUUCAGCUUUUCAAUCACUCUUUCUUUUGGCUUCUUCAUUUAUUCCUAGUAGGAACUGUCACUAACAAGUAACAACCCCACAAUGGAUGAUUAUUGCAAGAGAAGUGGGCAGAUACCAGCAUUUGGAAACUGGGACUAUGCAAAUGAGCUGCCUAUAACUCAGUACUUUGAAUGUGCCAGACAAGCUGGUUUGAUUCGUUUCAGCUCCUCAUCAGGAGAAUCUAACACUUAUGUUCCUGGUGACUUGUAUACUGUUGAUUUAAGAAAACAUUCUCGUAAUCUUGCUCCUGCAAGAAAGCAGGUGAGUAGGGUAAGAGAAAAGCGAAGAGAACCGCAUGUCAAGGAGCAAAAGAAGGCAGGUAGAGUUUGUGACGUGACUGAACCGCCAAGGAAAUACCAGCAUCAACGUCCCCACCAUGUGCCUAUUUCAAAUAAAAAUAAUAAUAAUAGAACUAACAGUAAGCAGGUCAAAGAUGCUGUGGUUCCUUCCAAUAGAUUGCCUCUUAGACCUCCCAAACCUGUCGAUGAAGAUCUCUACAAAAUCCCCCCUGAGCUCCUUAACUCUUCCAAGCGAAAGAAAAUGCCAGGAUUCUUUUCAUGCUUGGUACCAGCUUGUGCAACAUGAAGUUCUGAAUUAGAGCUUGAAGGAAGAAACUUGCUCAUGCAUUCAGGAGGAGUUUCAUGUUUAUAUAGAAAAAGAUAUAGUAGUUAGUCUAGUGAUUUAUUCCUUUUUGUUUCAUCAAAAAUGUUUGACUAAACAAAGCUUGUAGUGAGAAAUUGCUGUGAUCAAAUGGUUAAUUUUUCUUUUGUCUACAGAUGAAAUUACACUAAGUAAAUUAUGCAUUCUGAGGAAUAAAUGAUCAUGCAAAUUUUUCACAAAAGAGAACAAAAAAAAAAGGAUGUGAGAGCGAAGAAAGUCUUGAAUAAUUCACCUUGUAAAAAAAAUUCACAAAGCUAUUUGAAUUUGAAUUUUCUUUUCUGCUUUAA